AUGGCCUUACGUUUCCAUGGCAGGAUGGGCAGCACAGCAGUGGAUGCGCGCAAGGCAGCCAAGCUGAGCGGCAUGUCUCCACCUGCAUACGCCCGGGCGCGAGCAGCCAUUCAGAACGCUCUAGGCGUCAGCUGUACUAUUCUGUGCGCUGUGCGCGUGCAGGUCGCAGUUGAGCCUACCCCAGUUGGCCCUUCAGUUUGGGUGCAUGCGAGUGCUGGAGUCCACCCAACGCAACCUGCACAUGUGAGGAAAGGGAAGGGGGAAAGUGGAUGGAUUUAUGGAGAGGGAGUGCACCUGUCAGUGCUGCGUGAUGAGAAGAAGCAGUGCCACAGUUUGUGUGAGACGAGCUCCGUGUUUUCCCCUGUUGCUUCGUUUCCUCUCCAAGCCUUGUCUUCCACCCUGCCCCCUCCCCUUACCCCUUCUCCCUGCCCUCUCCCUCCUGCCCCCUCCAUCCUGUCCCCUCACCUCACCUCCGUGGUGGUCUGCCUACCGCCUCUCAGCUUCACCGCGCGCUUCACUGCCGCCCUCCCAGAGGCACGCAGGGGAGGCACUGACUUCUCCCGGCCGGCACACAUGGCAGCGGCGCUCAUGCUCACUGCCACACGCAACCAAGUGGUGGCAUGCAUGGAAGCCCACUGUGCAGACCUGUUUGGGUCGUCCCACAGCUGCCCCACACCCAGCAAGGCACAGGAGCACUCUCUGCCACGCCAGCACCCACCAGAGCAGUGCAUGCAUGCUGCUGACGUGGCACACCUGCACCAGCAACGGCAUCACCAGCAGCCGCAGAGCAUUGCUGCUGCUGAUGUGGCAGAGCACCAGCGGAGCACUACCUCAGCUGACGUGGCACCACAGUCACAGGCUCCUGCCAGCAGGAGCAACAACCGCACCAUGCCAUUGCCCCAAGCCAAGCUCACUCUAUUAAAGAGACCCCCAGGGCGUUACAGGGUCUCAGGCCCCACUGCCAUGAACCACCACAUGCCACACCUGACAUGCCCCUCCCCGCGUGCCCCUCCCCGUGUGCCCCUCCCCGCGUGCCCCUCCCCGCGUGCCCCUCCCCGCGUGCCCCUCCCCGCGUGCCCCUCCCCGCGUGCCCCUCCCCGCGUGCCCCUCCCCGCGUGCCCCUCCCCGCGUGCCCCUCCCCGCGUGCCCCUCCCCGCGUGCCCCUCCCCGCGUGCCCCUCCCCGCGUGCCCCUCCCCGCGUGCCCCUCCCCGCGUGCCCCUCCCCGCGUGCCCCUCCCCGCGUGCCCCUCCCCGCGUGCCCCUCCCCGCGUGCCCCUCCCCGCGUGCCCCUCCCCGCGUGCCCCUCCCCGCGUGCCCCUCCCCGCGUGUCCCUCCCCGCGUGUCCCUCCCCGCGUGUCCCUCCCCGCGUGUCCCUCCCCGCGUGUCCCUCCCCGCGUGUCCCUCCCCGCGUGUCCCUCCCCGCGUGUCCCUCCCCGCGUGUCCCUCCCCGCGUGUCCCUCCCCGCGUGUCCCUCCCCGCGUGUCCCUCCCCGCGUGUCCCUCCCCGCGUGUCCCUCCCCGCGUGUCCCUCCCCGCGUGUCCCUCCCCGCGUGUCCCUCCCCGCGUGUCCCUCCCCGCGUGUCCCUCCCCGCGUGUCCCUCCCCGCGUGUCCCUCCCCACAUACCCCGCUCCCCAUGUUUCUCGUCCUGUCAAACCAACCCCGUUUGUUUCUCCAUGUCCACCCAGGCCCUACAGGCAAGCUGUGUCAGACGAAGCUGCUCUUUAA